AUGAAGCUACUUGAAGCCAUCGCUUGCGCUACGGCCUUGAUGCCACUGGCUGCCGCAGACUGGCAAUUUAAAUCCCGAACAGAUUUGGCCCCGCCUCGCCUGAACAUCACCAUCCCGGCAACAAAGGAUGUCGAAAAGGGUUACCUCUUCAUCGCACCCUUCCCGGGCCAGUGGGCGGAACCUCAGUUCCAUGGACCGCGCCAAGAAGCCCCGUACAUUGUCCGCGAUGACGGCGAACUUGUCUGGUCGGGGUAUACCUACUUCUCCAUUUGGGCGGCCAACUUCCAGAAGGCUCGGUGGAAUGGUCAGGAUGUCCUGUUCAGCUUUGAGGGUGACCAUAACCCGGGCUAUGGACAUGGGCAUGGCCAUGCGACCAUCCUCAACCAGAACUACGAGACCAUCCGGGAGCUCCGUGCCGGAAAUCAUAAAUUAAUGGAUAAGCAUGAGUUCCAUGUGGUCGAUGAGAAGACUGCCUUGCUUCAGGUCUAUCAGCCUGUCCCGAGAGAUCUGACUCGCUUUGGUGGCAGUCCGGAGCAGCAGUGGAUUGUUGACGCCAUCUUCCAGGAACUGGACAUCCAGACUGGAGAGUUGCUCUUCGAGUGGUCCAGCCUCGAACACGUUUCUCCGGAUGAAGCGGUCCUCCCUCUCAACCCCGGCCAGGCGGGUGCGGGCUGGAACUCGUCCGACGCGUGGGACUAUUUCCACAUCAACUCCGUGGACAAGGAUACCUCGGGUAACUAUCUGAUCUCCGCGCGGGAUGCCUGUGCGGUGCACAAGAUCAACGGCACAACUGGCGAGAUCAUCUGGCGACUCGGGGGUGUCCGAUCAGACUUUGAGCUCGGUCCCAAUGUCAAGUUCUGCUUCCAGCAUCACGCACGCUUCGUCAAGCAGAGCGAAGACGAAGAAAUCAUUUCCCUCUUUGAUAACUCUGCCCACGGCACUGAGAACCACCGCGGUAGAGAAGUCCACACCCACCCUUUCUCUCAGGGCAAGGUCAUUUCAGUCAACACGGCGACCUGGACCGCAGAGAUCGUGCAAGCCUUCCAGCCUCCCGAUGGUCUUCUCGCCAAGUCCCAAGGCAGCACCCAGCUUCUUCCCAACGGCAACGCACUAGUCAACUGGGGCUCUGAGGGCGCCGUGACCGAGUUCCUCGUCGAUGGUACCCCAAUCUUCCACGCAUACAUGGACUCCGGCUUCCUCGGCGAAGGCGUCCAGAAUUACCGAGCAUUCCGAUACAACUGGACAGGUCUUCCAACUGAAGAACCAGCGAUCGUAGUGGAAAAGACAUCCUCCGGAACAAAAGUGUACGUGUCGUGGAACGGAGACACAGAGACAGCCAUUUGGCGAUUCUAUGCCGUCACAGACCGAUUCGGGUCCCGGGCUUACCUGGGCGAGACUCCACGUGACGGCUUUGAGACUUCUUUCGUAUUGACUGGACACUCGUAUCCAAGCUUAGCGGCUGAGGCGAUUUCGGCUACUGGUCGUGUUUUGACUACCACUCGAGUUGCUCGUAUUCAGGACGCGGUGUUUCCUCCGUCUGGCUCGUUUGAGUCCGAGGAUCGCAGCUCUUGGAGACAGGUGGUUUUGCAGGCUUAG